UUGGUAGCUUUUGGCAACCGUCGACACGUGAUCGUGUUUAUUCUGCUCGUCAUUCAUUUCUGGUGGUAUCUUGUGCAAUUGCCUGUCGAAUGCCGAAGAAUGUCUCGCAUCUGGAUUUGUGUAUCGAGCUCUUGAGAUUUAUUUGCACAAGUCUAGACCCGCGAGUGUUUGUGUCUGCCUCUCGAUCAACUUGACCUUUCAGUUUUAAUAUCCGACAUCGCCGAUCGGAAAUAGUUGAAAUUCCAGAUCAACCAUUAAAGUGUCGUGUUCUUAGAAACAAUUAAAAAAUGCCAUCUUCGUGUGUAAUUAUUCUACUGGCCUUGCUAUAUCUUUGCCUGAGUCCAGCCAUUAUUGCCCAAGAAUCGGAAUAUGCAGAACGCAACCAUAAGAAACGUCAAAUAUAUCGGGAACAAGUCUUGCCACAUGCGGGCGGCAAAAUUCCGGAUACUGCCUUUGAGACGGAUCGUCUGUUUCUGAAUCGACUCCAAAAGGAGGGCAUUGCAGUGCCAGAUGGUAUAGUUCCAGAGCAAAGGAAUCCUCAGGUCUAUCAGUACUACAGCAAACCGAUGCGAACCGUUUUCAGCAUCGCCCUGAGCUCCGAUGGAAGGUAUACGCCACGGGAGGGGCGCUAUCACUACCGCCAGGUGCCAACCGUGGAGACGACCUACCUGUACCCCCAGGCAGUGGGACGCCAGCACGUGCUGGUGCCGCCAAAGCACGCCCUGCCCGUCUACCGGCAGCUCCAGUUGCACAAUCCCCUGCUCAACCAGGUCAAGUUGCAGCCGAGAAAGAUGCCCAAUUUGCUGGAUCUGGCGCCCACGGUGGGCAAGAGUCACUCAAGCCCAUUGGCCGGCUCAGCGAAGGCGCAGUCUUAUCAGAAUGUGAAUCUCUUGCAUGGUCAUAGUCCGGUGCUCCCGGCUUUCAAGAAAACCUCUCGCGGCAGCAAGACCUAUGUGGACAGCUAUGGCACAACCCACGUGAGUUGGAACUUGUCGUCUCUUAAGCCCUUAACACUGAUGUAACAUAAUGUGGCCCACCUUUCCAUAUUGCAGCUCUUUAGUGAGUUUGAUGAUCUGCUGAACAAACUGGACUUGCAGCAAUCGACCCAGAAGAUUUAUUAGUUUUAUGAAAUGCAUUCAACACUUAGUAGAAUUUAGUAUGAUAUCAUAUGGAGCCUAAAACAAAUAUUUACGGAUGGUAGUUCAUAACCAAGAUUAUCCAACCAACAGCAUGUCAUUUCGAAAACAUUUGCCAUACUCCCGCUCACCGAUUAGUGCAUUUCCAUUCCCAUUCCCAUAUCCAAAGCCAUUCAUGCCCAGCCCAUACACUGACAAAAAAGUAUUAUUUUCUAUCGUUUCUAACAGAGUUUAAAAGCCUUUAAAAUUAAAUAAAUUUCAACUGUGUAACCAUCCACAUCCACCCAUCGCAUGUUAACCCAUCCACGUAUUAUAAAGUCUAAGCCCGGCCAAGACGCUGAAUGGGAAUUCAUCGCUUUUAGCUAGUUAAGCGUAAACAAUUUGUAUCUUGCAAAAUAAAGUUGGCCAUGUUGCAUUGUAGUAUGGCUCGUACGUACUUUCCCACAAAAGUCACAUAUCAUAAUUAU